GUUGAAGAAGAAAGAGCUGCGGAAGAAAGAGCGGAGAAGUACUUAAGGAGGUCCACUCAGAUAGGUCUCCCAUGAGCAACUGUACCCCAGGCCCUCUAAACUUCUCCCUCCUGUCUCUGCAGAAUUAUUCCUGACACGUGAGCUCUGGGUAAAUAUUUGGCCAGUAGGGUCAGGGGGGCUCUGUGCCUUUGCUUCCUGCUGGGAUAUUCCUGUGUGCACAGCCCAGCUGGCAGAUCCAUUUGGCCAAGCUGGGAAGAGGCUGGUGCUACCGGUGGGAAUCAUGCAGGCCGUGGGUGCUCUGCUCCUUCUGUUGGGCUGUACCUUCAGCACAGGCCAGCGUUCUCCUCUGAAUGACUUCCAGAAACUAAAAGCGACUAAGCUAAUCCAUUUGUCCCACCAGAGGGCGGAGCAGCCCAAGACCUUAGAAGAGUGUGCACGGGGUUGUGUCUUGUGGCUUGAAUGCAGAGCCUUCCACUACAACUUGCACAGUAAUCGAUGCCAGCUGCUGAAUUUCACCCAGAAUACGCCCCACACUCAGUUACAGAGGAAUGUCCACUAUGACCUCUACCAGAAAAAAGGUUACAUAAGGCACUGCAUCAUGGGAAAUGGGACAAGCUACAGAGGGAACCAAUCAGUGACUGAGAAGGGGAAAACUUGUCAACAUUGGGGCAAAAAGACUCCACAUGACCACAGGUUUUCCCCAUCACGAUAUAAUGGAUUGGAAGAAAAUUAUUGCCGGAAUCCUGAUGAUGAUGAACAUGGCCCUUGGUGCUACACAACUGACCCUGCAACCCGGCACCAAAGCUGUGGCAUCAAGAAAUGUGAAAAUGCUGCAUGUCUGUCAUGUAACGGGGAGGACUAUCGUGGCUUCGUGGAUCACACCGAGUCUGGCAGAGAGUGCCAACGCUGGGACCUGCAGCACCCGCACAGGCAUCCAUACCAGCCAAACAAAUACCCCGAUAAAGACCUAGAUGACAAUUACUGCCGUAAUCCUGACUGUUCCGAGCGUCCUUGGUGUUACACAACAGAUCCAACUCAGAAGCGAGAAUAUUGCCACAUUCGGAAAUGCACAGAGAAGCGCCGACACCUCCCAUCUACAACCAGCUGCUUCAGAAUGAAAGGAGAAGACUAUCGAGGCAAAGUGAAUGUUACUGCGACGGGAAUCCCCUGCCAACGCUGGGACUCUCAGAUACCUCACCGUCACCAUUUCCUGCCUGAGAAAUAUGAGUGCAAGGGCCUUAAGGAGAAUUAUUGCCGGAAUCCGGAUGGUUCAGAGGCCCCCUGGUGUUUCACUAGCUUCCCCAACAUGAGGACAGCCUUUUGCUUGCAGAUCAAACGUUGUGCUGAGGAUGUGCAGACAGAAGACUGUUACCAUGGAAAUGGAGUCGAAUAUCGAGGCACCGUUAGUAAAACCCGGAAGGGAAUCACUUGCCAGAAGUGGAAAGAGCAGUCACCUCACAAACCACAGGUCUUCCCUGCCAUGUUCCCCACUGUGCAUCUUGAAGAAAAUUAUUGCCGCAACCCUGACAAUGACAGCCAUGGCCCCUGGUGCUACACCAUGGAUCAGAAAACUCAGUUUGAUUACUGUGCUAUUAAGCCAUGUGCCGGUGACAAUAAGCCAUCCAACUUGCUGAACCCGGUUGCAGAUAACGUGGUCUUUGACCAAUGUGGCAGGAGGGAUGAACGAGUGCAGCUUCGGGCUCGUAUUGUGGGCGGGCGGCCUGGGAACUCGCCUUGGACGGUCAGCAUCCGCAAUCGGGAAUUAGUCCACUUCUGUGGAGGAUCGUUGGUGAAUGAGCAGUGGGUCAUUAGCACACGCCAGUGCUUCUCUUCCUGUGAAGCUGACUUGUCUGGUUAUCAAGUCUGGCUUGGGACACUCUUUAGGGACCCUGGUCCCAACGACCCUGACAAACAGGCCAUUCCCAUCUCCAAGAUUGUGUGUGGCCCCUCCGAGUCUCUUCUGGUGAUGCUGAAACUGGAGAGGCCAGCAAUUCUGAAUCAGCGUGUGGCACUGAUCUGUCUUCCCCCUGAGCGUUACAUUGUGCCUCCGAACACCGUAUGUGAGAUUGCAGGAUGGGGAGACACCAGAGGCACUGGUGAUGAAAAUGUCCUCAAUGUGGCCAAGCUGCCAAUCAUGAGCAACCAAGACUGCAAUGUGGCUCUUCGAGGCCGUGUGAAGGAGAGUGAAUUGUGCACAGCGCCCUUGAACGUAGCUGUGGGGGCCUGUGAGCGUGACUUUGGAGGCCCCCUGGCUUGCUUGACUCAUGACUGCUGGGUGUUGGAAGGUGUGAUCACCCCCAACCGCGUUUGCGCUCACAAAGAGAAGCCUGCCACGUUCAUCCGUGUCUCCCUUUAUGUUGACUGGAUCAACAAAGUAAUGAAGUUGAGCUGAGCUGUGUGGCUGGAAUCAUCUCAUCAUGAAGUCUUCCUUCCUCUGAGUGUUGCCAAAUGGGAGGACAUUUUCCAAGCCAGGCUGUGAACUUUGGGGGAAACUUUGUGCUGAGCCUGCCCUUUUGGAACACACAGGCGAUGCUUUUGAAACAAAUGCUGCCAUAACCCAGACACACUUUUCUUCUCCUUCCACAGGAAUAGCUGUCAUCGUGGAAUCACAGGUACAUCAAUAGAACAAAACACCACCAAACUGAUACAGUAGUAAUUUAACUGAAUGCAUCGCAGCACAAUCCCACGUAUCACAGAAUUGUAGAGUCGGAAGGGACCACAAGGAUCAUCUAGUCCAACCCCUGCAAUGCAGG